UGGAAAUCCGAUGACCUUGACAAGGAGGGGCCCCGGAGCCGAUGGGUUGAAAAGGGAGAUCCGCGUCUGGGUAUCCAUACCCCACAAGAGUCAGUCGCUUGAUUUAUUCGCCUGAAAUGGUAUUUAGGAAACACAACUGCAGUCUUCCAGACUUGAAACCAGGUUUGGCUAUUUUCAUAAUUCACUUUUCCGACAUCUCAUGUAAUCGUAAACUUCAUUACCGAAAGAUGGAGAAAGGCAAGAAGCGCACCAACUAUCCCUGCGAUGGAUGCUCGCUUCGGCGAGUACGAUGCCACUUACAAGGAAGCAACCCACCCUGCAACGAAUGCCGAAAAAGAUCAGUUGAGUGCACAUUUCUUCGGGUUCCACGAAAGAGAGGACCGAAAGGGCCUCGAUCGAGCACCACUCACAAGGUGGUAAACUACCAAGAACAGAUUCGGCAGAAUCGAUCAGGUCUCCCUCUUCCGGCUCGUGGACCAACGCAAAGUCCCAGAUCGCCGUCAACUCCCGGCGUGGAGAACGAGAGUACUGCACAGCAGAACCCUUUGGAGGUUUACAUCGAAUACCUGGACAAGUUUCGAGACCAUCUAACAUGUGUUUGGCCUAUCGUCAACGUGGAAUCACUGAAAUCCCGAAUCAGUGGUUCGCCGAAUGAUCACGAUGCAUGGGCAUUAGCAGGAGCCGUCUGUGCUACGGUAAUUGCUCAGCUACGACUAUCUCAAUUGCGCCUUUCCAAGCAGCAUAACUUGGCAUCAGAUGACAACAGCAUUGCGGAAAGCUUUGCACAUCAUGCUCAACUCUCGCAUAAUCUGAGCAAUCAGCAUCAUCAAAGUACUUACUACAAGGAAGACACGACGGUGUCUUUGCUGACUGCGUUCUUUCUACACAUUUACUUCGCCAAUACAGAACGCAUCAGGCUAGCCACGGUAUACUUACACGAGGCAAUUUCUCAAUUACAUUUGCAAAGCCUGCACCGCCCAGAGAUCCUGGUCAGCCUCGCAGAGGACCAACGAGAAUUGCUGUUGCGGAUCUUCUGGUUGGUGUUCGUAACCGAGAGGACAUUCUGCGUGCAAAACUGUUUUCCACCAUGCCUCAAGCCAAUCCAGACUUUCCCACUCUCCGGAUUUCACAUCCAAGGAGUCGGCGAGGUGGACGCUUCCUUCCAACUCCUCGCUCAACUCUUCGCCCUACUCGACGAUAACAUAGUCAUGGCGGCAGACAGAGGGGGAGUCACUCCCGACUCCAGCAACGCCGAUAACCUCUACAGCGCCCUCUCCGCCAUGGCCAAACAGGACUUCUCGGCCCUGGCCCCCAACCUCCCAGAGACGCAGCGAGUGAACGUGCUGAUGACGGGAAACUGGAUCCACAUACUCUGGUGGCAGUUCGCUCUGAGCCACUACCAGAUGUCUAGUCGCAUGGAUGAUACAAUGCUCUCCAUGCUGAAGCCUGCCAAGGUUGCUCACGAGACCAUGCGUCUUCUCGGGUCUGUUUCUCAGCAGGCCAUUCGGACCCACGGAUAUGGCCUAGAAUUGAAAGUCUUCCGUAUUGCCGAUGCUCUCAUUGACGUCCUAGCUUGCAACACGUGGUUGUCUAGCUCCCUACAACCCGGAUGCAAUAGUAUGCUUCUAGGGGCUAGAGAUGUACUGCAUUCUCUUCAGAAAGCACUUUUGCUCAUUGGUGGGCCGGAGUCUUUAUUUCACAAGAAGCUGAUGCUGGUUAUGGCCGAAUCGCAGCUACCAGUUCCGAAUGUGAAGAAUUUGACGCCGUGCGAGGAAGAGGAAUAUGUUGAAGAUUCAUAGAAGAGCCAAUACCGUUCAAUCACCUGAGUGAUUGACUUUAAACAUUGCAUAUGGAAG